AAUCAAAAAAUCAAAAGCAAGGCUGUCGAAAAGGCUUAGCACAUAAUGCAAUUUAGUCGGCGGUCGCCAGUCGCCAGCGAUAACGGAAAGACACUAGAGCUCAGCGGACGAUGUCGGCGGAUAGCGAACAACCAAUUUUCACCUGCCAGGCGCACGUCUUCCACAUCGACCCGAAGACGAAGCGCACCUGGAUCACGGCCAGCAUGAAGGCGGUCAACGUGAGUUUCUUCUAUGACAGCUCGAGGAAUCUGUACCGCAUCAUCAGCGUCGAGGGCACCAAGGCGGUAAUAAACUCGACGAUCACGCCCAACAUGACCUUCACCCAGACCUCCCAGAAGUUCGGUCAGUGGAGCGAUGUGCGGGCGAACACGGUGUACGGCUUGGGAUUUGCCUCCGAGGCGGAAUUGACAAAGUUCGUGGAAAAGUUCCAGGAAGUCAAGGAGGCCACCAAGAAUGCCAUGAAAUCCGCUAACGGCUCGAAUGCCGUUACACCCACCACCUCGGCCAACACGUCGCCCAUUUCCGGGCGAGCUGUGGGCUCCAUGCAGAACGACAACACAGCCAUCGAUCCGCACACCGUGGAGCCGCCCAACAUGAGCAACACGAAUACCCAGAACGCCAAUCCGGACAGUCCCUCCCACAAGCUGCUGAACACCAGCGAUGUCAAGCCGGACAUCGGAUCGGCCACACCCUCGCCGCAGCCCACUUCGGGGGGAACUGCAGUUGGUGGCGGCGGGGGAGUGACCAUCUCGUCUGGCGGAAGCAUUGUGGGCAUGCACACGGGACCGGGAGCGGGCGCCACCGCCGAGCAGCAGCUUAAGUAUGAGAACGAACGCCUGAAAAUGGCCCUGGCACAAAGCUGCGCCAAUGCCAAGAAGUGGGAAAUCGAGCUGGCUACCUUGAAGAACAACAACAUUCGCUUGACCAGUGCUCUUCAGGAAUCAACUGCCAAUGUAGACGAGUGGAAGCGCCAGCUGCACACUUACAAGGAGGAGAAUAUUCGCCUAAAGCGGGAUAUGGAACAGCUUUGCGCGGGCGGAGGUGGUGUCCCUGCAACCGGAGGAGGUGCCGCGGAAGACGAGUUACGUCGCGAGGUGGCCACGCUUAAGGCGCGAACGGAACAACUGCAGAAGGAACUCUUGCAACAGGAAAUUGAGCUUAAGUCGGCCAACCUAAGCCUACGCGAAAAGUCCAAUGAUCAGACGCUUGCCAAGUUAAGCGAGUUAAACGUUGUGUUUGCCAAACAACUUUCGGAGCUAUAUGGGGUGCAGAAGGAUAUGGAGGGUGUUAUACAACUAGCCAAGUGCACUUGAGACACAGAGUUAGCGGUUAUUCGAAAGGUUUCAGCGCAGGAACAGACUACAAUGAUCAACACUACAACGACAUCAUCGACAACAACAGGAAGCACGACUAGUAAACGAUAUUUAAGCAACUUUCCAACGGCCGAGGCAGAGAGCACGCUCUCCAACGUCACCUCGAUCCACACCCAGCUGCAGUCGUCGCUUUAUGAGACCCAGAACACGGCCCAGCUGAAGGCCAUGGACAAACACUCGGCCUUGCUCCAGGAGCUCCAUCAGCGACAGGCGGCUCCCAGGCGCAACUCUGCCUCCGCUGAAGCAGCUGCUGCAGCUGCGGCUGCAUCCGGGUCUGGUGGGGCCAAAACAGCCACCAUACUCGUAUCCAAAUCAAAAACCAAAACCGGGCUGCCCCUGUUGCUGAAGAAUUCCAUUAACAAUUAGAGAAAAUCCAAGAGGAAGGCGACGAGAGAGAGAAUUUAGUCAGUGGCAUUUUUGUAAUCUUUAUAUUGGUAGUUUGUAUACAAGGACAGCGCUAGGAGAGAACCCGCGUACUCCCUCAAUCCUCCCCAUCCCCCUAAUUUUAGGCCAAUAUUUGUGUGUAUCGUAGCCUCUUUUGGUAACUUCGAAUUGAAAACAGAAUAAACCUAUGCCCAGUAUUUUCGUCAAAAUUGUUCGCGUCCUUGUGGCACUUAUGUAGGUCUUAAAUGAUUGAUUCUCGUGCGCAUUCAAGUGCAAUAUACAUUUAUCUCUAGUAUUUAAAUGUAAUAAUGAUAUUAUGUGCUCUAUACACUUUCAGCUGAUUGUUAAUUAAUUUUUAAUGAGAGCUUGCUAACGAAUACUCCCCGAAACUCAUUUCCCAAAGAAAAAUCCAAGCAUUUCUAUUGAACAAGUGUCACAAAGAUUAUUUUGUAAAUGUGCUCGACUUUUUAUAGUAUUUUUAGAAGAAACCUUUUGUAUUCUCUAAAUCUUAGGAUUAAAAUUUAAAUGUUUAUUUAUUGAAUUGUAUUUCCAACCCAUUCGAUUUCACAGUCACCUCACAAGACUCCCGUUUUGCAGUUAUGCACUGAUUUACUAAUAUAUAUGAUAUUUAUAAAUAUAAAAAUUAACGUAUGCAUAACUAACAAUGACUUAGACGACGAACACACUAAGAAACCAAUAUGGAAUAUAAAGCUAAAAUUAAUAAACGAAGAGAAAAUUUUAUAAGUGGAACGAAGUCCAAGUAAAACACGAGACUAGCAAAGUAAA